UUUUCUGAGUUUGCUUGCUCAGGUCUGGCCACCCCCGCAUCACGUGACCCACUUCCUCCCUCGCGCAGCUCGCGGAGUAACUGCAAAGCACUGAACGGCUGGAAUACAGUAGUUUGGGAAAGUGCACCGGAGAGGAAUAUCUUACCCGUUGAAAAUGGAGCGCCGCUGCAGUGACGGCAGCAUAAAGAGUGACGAGAGUGCACCCACCGUCCUUGCUUCAAGCUGCGCCACCGCCUUGCCCUGCGUGGUUUCUGUGAGGUCCCCCGGCAUGGCAGAUGUCAGCAAGUGGCCCCUGUUCACCUUGCUGGGACCUCAGGAGAUUGCAUCAAUCAGCUUAGCCUGUGUCUUUGGUGCCUCUGGCAAUGAGGCAAUCUACUGCACCCAUGACGAUGAGGUGUAUGCGUUUGGUCUGAACUGCAGCAACUGCCUGGGAACCGGAGACAGCCAGAGCACCAUUUUCCCCAAGAAGGUGGAGUGUCUGAGUGGGAAGAAGGUGGUCAGUUUGAGCUACGGCAGUGGACCUCAUGUCCUGCUGGCAACUGCAGGUGGUGAGCUGUUUGCCUGGGGUCACAAUGGCUACAGCCAGCUUGGCAAUGGGACUACCAACCAAGGACUGUCACCCAUCCUGGUGACCAACAAUGUCAUAAACAAGAAGGUGACUGAAGUGGCCUGUGGAUCUCAUCAUUCCAUGGCUCUCACAUCUGACGGGGAGGUAUUUGCGUGGGGCUACAACAAUUGUGGCCAGGUGGGCUCUGGAUCGACGGCCAACCAGCCCACGCCGCGCAGGGUGUCCAGCUGCCUGCAGAACAGGGUGGCGACCGGCAUCUCCUGUGGCCAGACGUCCUCUAUGGCAGUGCUGGACAAUGGGGAGGUGUACGGCUGGGGUUAUAAUGGAAGUGGGCAGCUGGGACUGGGCAACAAUGGGAACCAGCUGACUCCGUGCCGUUUGGUAGGCCUGCAGGGCCUCUGUGUGCUGCAGAUUGCCUGUGGCUACUCCCACACGCUGGCACUAACGGACCAGGGCUGUCUGUACGCCUGGGGCGCUAACACGUAUGGCCAACUGGGCACGGGCAGCAAGAGCAACCAUCUGAGUCCAGUGCAGGUGAUCGUAGAGAAGAGCCGGAUUGUGGAGAUCGCCGCCUGCCACUCGACGCACAUGUCUGCAGCGAAGACCCAGGGCGGCCAGGUGUACAUGUGGGGGCAGUGCCGCGGUCAGGCAGUGGCGGUACCGCAGCUGACAUACCUGAACAGUACAGAUGACGUGUUUGCCUGCUUCGCUAUGCCUGCUAUCAUGUGGCGCAUGGUGGCUGUGGAGCACGAUGAUUAUCUAACGGUGGCCCAGUGCUUGAAGAAGGAGUUUGACAGCCCGGAGACGUCGGACUUGAAGUUCAGCGUCGAGGGAAAGCACAUCUGUGUACAUAAAGCAGUACUGAAGAUGAGGUGUCAGCACUUCCGCUCCAUGUUCCAGUCACAUUGGGAUGAGGACCUCAAGGAGGUCAUAGAGGUGGACCAAUUCUCAUACCCUGUCUACAGAGCUUUCCUCCAGUUCCUCUACACCGAUAGUGUCGACUUGCCUCCCGAAGAUGCCAUUGGGUUGUUGGACUUGGCGACCUCAUACUGUGAGAACAGACUGAAGCGUCUCUGUCAGCACAUCAUCAAAAGGGGGAUCACGGUUGAAAAUGCCUUCUGCCUGCUCUCCGCCGCCGUGCGUUAUGAUGCCGAGGAUCUGGAGGAGUUCUGCUUCAGGUUUUGUGUGAACCACCUGACGGCUGUUACGCAGACAACAGCUUUCUGGCAGAUGGAUGGGAAUCUCCUCAAGGAUUUCAUCUGUAGAGCUGGCCGCUGCGGGGCCUUCAAAAACUGACUUUGGUGGAGUUCCCAAAGAUGUGGCAGAGACUUGGAGGUAGCCCAACUGACAGUAGAUGCUUGCAUCUGAGUCAUGAUGAUGACUGCACUUAAUCAGUGGCCAGUGAAAUGACGUACCGCAUCCCACAAACUCACUAUUUCUAUUCCUCUCCAUCUGGUAACCCCCCCUCCAUACCCUCAGAGCACUGAGCAGAACUUGCUUUGGGAACAAAUGCAUGCCAGAAUAGACUGGCCCUUUGUGGCAGUCCUUGACAUUCCUUGGCUUCUGUUGUUGGGAUAUGGAAAGUGAUUGCACUGUCACUAAACUGCACUUCCACUAGUGUGCAAAUUUUACAGAUUCGACGUUGGUACUUAUUUCUUCCACAGCUGCUUAAAGCUGUCUGUUUGGCGUUUGGCAGAUUUUGCUAAUGUUGGCAUACUUCUGAUAUGACUAGGCCAGAUUCUUAACAUAGCAGUUUCUUAACCUUAGACUUAUGUAAAAGGCUACAUUUUUUGUGACUACGCCCUUCUACUUUUGAACACAUGAAAAUGUGUUGCACUAUUGCCAUGUGCUCUUGUAUACAUUCAAGAACCACUGCGAUCAAUCUUUGCACAAAUUUUACUUUUGUGACAUUUCAAGUUUUAUGGUCUCGUUGGAUAAGCAUAAUGUACUGGCACUGCCUAUGGCUGACAAUGCCAUCUGCAGGGAUUCCGUUUCUUCACGAACUGUUUUCAGUUUCCCAUUCAUAUCUGUGGAGGGCAAAGUGAUGCAUUAUGGGGGGGCAUGCGAUGUCAGCAUUUUCCACGGCGGGCUUCCAAUACUCACCUUGUUUUAUCUGGGCCAGUAUGUCAGGUAACAUUCCUGAAGCUUUCAGCACUUUGAAAGACAGGAUACAAUCUGUGGAGGAACACUGAUCAAACUGGUUUCCAGUGGAAGCCCAGUGUUAAGCUUCUGUUCUUUUACAGUGUGUCCUGUACAAAUAAACCACCCAAAUGUA